UUGUUGAUGCAGCGGUGUUCAUCCCGCAGAGCCGCUCAGAAACCUGCACCUUUUUUGUUCUCCGUUUCUCAUGAGUUCUCGUCCAGGCGGUGUGUGUGUGUGUGUGAAGGAAGGCUUUUCCGCGGGGAUGAGUGAUCUGAGAUGAAAAGAUAAAUGACGGAUAAUGAUGAACUCGGUUUGGGAUCUUGCUCUCGGAUCCACUCCUGUCAAUAAUCCCGGAGCUGCAGCUUCCCGAUCCGUGCAUGUUGAACUCACAUCCCAGCAGAGGCGUUUGCGGCACCUUAGGAGCAUUGCCGCGAGGAACAUUGUGAACCGAAACCACUCACCACUUCUGGACACGUACUUCACGCUGCACCUGUGUUCAGAGAAUCGAAUCUCUAGAGAUUUUUACAAGAGCGAAGUGAUUCGUGACUCACUGAACCCGACAUGGCGCAGUUUGGAUUUCGCCAUGCUGCCGGACCUGUUGGACACAUCUGUGUCGUGUUUUGUUGUUCGCAUUUGGGGUGGGCGAGAAGAACAGUACCAACUGCUAAUAGAGUGGAUGGUUAACCUGGACGGCCUGAGAUACACUGGACAACAGAUCCGCUCUCGGUGUCCUAAUGAGAUCAUAUUUGGACUGAAUGAUGGUUACUAUGCAGCAGAUUUGGAUCAGAAGGAGAACUCUGAGAAAAAGAAGAACUCAUUACUCCAAGUGGACCAGAGCUCUGUGAGGAACACAUACAGCGUCUUUUCCCUGCUAAGACUCCACACAGCUCAGAAGGCAAUAAAGCAGACCCAGGUUACAGUACAGAAAAUUGGGAAAGAGAUUGAGGAGAAACUCAGAACCACAGCGGCAUGUACAGAACGGAAGAAGGAGCGUGAGUGUAUGCAGUUGCGUAUCAGUGUGUUACGAAGCGAGGUGGAGAGACAAAAAAAAGCUCUGCUGAGAGAGAGGGAGAUGCUCCAGAAAGAGCGAGUACUUCUUCAGAAGAAAGAGGAGGCAUUCAGCUGUAAACACCAGACUCUGGACAUGGAGACAGACACCCUCACUGAUCUACAGAAGGAGUGCACUGCUAAAAGAGAGCUGUUCCUGAAGUCCAGUGCUCAACUCACCUUCCGCUGUCGUCAGCUCCUAUCUGAACUCUCCUACAUCUAUCCAAUUGACACGAACAGUCAGUCAGACUUUGUGAUCUGUGGUGUGAAACUGCCAAACUCUGAAGACUUUCAAGUAAAGGAUGAUGGAAGUGUGGCAGUCGCCCUCGGCUACACGGCACACCUGGUGCUGAUGAUUUCCUGCUUCCUGCAGAUUCCGCUCAGGUAUCCCAUCGUGCACCGAGGCUCUCGCUCAUCCGUCCGAGACACCAUCACUGACAAGCUCAGCGAGAAGGAAAGAGAGUUCCCUCUUUACCCACGUGGGGAGAGAUUCCACUUCGAGUACGGCGUUUACCUGCUCAACAAAAACAUUGCUCAGCUACGGUAUCAACACGGUCUUUCCACACCGGACCUGCGUCAAACUUUACCCAACCUCAAGAACUUUCUAGAGCACGGACUGCUGGUCAGAUGUGAUCGACAUCAGGUGUCCAGCUCGAUCCCGGUCCCCAUCAGAUCCCACCUGAGCGUCUCACAGGUAUCGUUCCCUGUCUCUCCAGAAGAGAAAAAGAAACGCAGGUCGCAUAAACUCUAUGACCCGGUUGCCAUGGCGAUCCCGGAAGCUCCACCCGCCUGUCUGGAAGUCAGCAUGGAGCUGGAGAAGCCGCUGGAGGUGGAUGAAGGAGCCGAAGCAGCGGGAACAUCAACACCGGAGCCGAAAACGGAACAGUGCGAUCCGGAAGCUGAGAGAGAUCCGGGACUGGGGGGAGAACCGAGAGAGUCAGAACACCUGGAGGAAAGUUUGCAGCACCUGGGAGCUGUGAAUGGUUCUGCAGGAGUGGUGGGCGGGGCUGAGCUGUGCUGCUCUGUGGAGCAGGCAGAGGAGAUCAUGGGCACUGAGGCGACGGGGUUAGGGUUAGAAACUCGCCUGGAGGAUUUUCCCUGUAUCCCUGUGGAACACGCUGUGGCUGUGGAGAGUGACGACCAGGUCCUCGGAGAACUGGAGAAUUUCGAGGAAUUCUCAAAACGCAUCUAUGCUCUAAACGAGAACCCAUCCUCCUUCAGACGGCCACGCAAAAUCUCUGAUAAAUAACCAGAGGUCAAAGGGUCAGCAGGUAGCCCUUUACCUUCACACCUGACUGCAGUGAACAGACAUUACAUACAGAGCUUUAUUAUUAUUAUUAUUAUUAUUAUUAUUAUUAUUAUAGGAAAUAUCUGGAAUAUUUGCACUCUAACCCUUUCAAAGAAAAUAAAGAGAAUGUGAUUAAAA